ACAUACUUGAGGGUAUAUUUGACAUGGAGAUCAAAUGAAUUUGAUCCAUCAUUGAUGGGGUCUUGGAUGACCUUCCUACCUUCAUUACAUGACUGGCUGAAUUAAAACCUGAUUUUGCUCCCUGAUGCCCCCCUCAGAUUCCAUGUAUGCCUGGCACUCCAUUAUACUGAAUGCCCGAGACCAACCCCUUCAUCCAGAACUCUGCACUAAGGACACCAGCCAUAGUCAGACCCUUUUUAAAAUUAAACAGAGAAGCAAACCACAAAGUUUUAGCACAGUGAGCAACAGCAGCACCAAAUGAAGUCAUACAUCGUGUUGUACACAAGUCAUCUGCAUUUCCUGAAGAAUUCAAAGUGGCAGUUUUUGGUUUUAUUUUUUUCACACAUAGCAGCCUGGGGGUCGAUGACUUCCUGAAAACGGAGCAACACAACUGUAAGGCGUCAAAUUUUAAUAUCAGUUCUCAUUUCUGCUUUUUGACAGUUAUAUGAAGAUGGCCAGGGCACUUGACCUGAUUAUAUGGUUCACUGUGGUGAUUUUCUCAGCACAGGAUGCAGAGGAAUCAAGUCAGAAUCAGAAACCUGCAUAUAUUGGAGAUAAUGUGACACUUGACUGCCUCAGUGCGAUAUCUGGUGGAAAAUUUAAAUGGCAAAAAUUGAGUCCAAAAGUUGAGAAUUUAAAUAGCACUGGAUCGACGUACACCAUUCAGUCUGUGACUGCCUCUGACAGCGGGACAUACAAGUGUGAAACAGACAAAAGUGUUUCUCAUUAUAUCUCACACGCUGGCAGAACUGUGACACUGACUGUUCAGGAGAGGAAAGCCAGACUUGAAUUGAUUACAAGUCAUAUAGAUGGAUCGAUAUUUGAGAGAGAUCAAAUCAACAUGACAUGUUAUGUGGACGGAGAUCCUGUUGGUUGGACAUAUGAGCUCCACAUGAGUGAGAGGGUGAUGUCAUAUAAGUCUCAAAUGGAGCGGACCUUCACCUUCAACUGUAUGACUCUUUCACAGGCAGGAAAUUACAACUGUCGAGCUAGGAAAGGAGAUCUUUACUCAAAUUUCAGUAAUCUAAUUCACAUUCAUGUUUCAGCACUGAAUGUGACUUUAACUGCAUUUCCUAAAAGUCCCAUGAAGGAGGGUGACUCUCUGCAGCUCGUUUGCACAUGGAUGGGGAACGGACGCUCCAGCUCAAACCUCACUUAUAGCUUUUUGAGAAACAAUGUGACUGUGAAGAAGAGUAGCAGCUCUUCAGUGUUCAGUAUUAAAGAGAUUGAAAAAAAUCACACUGGGAAUUACACGUGUGCUGUGGAGUCGCCAGGACGAGGAAAAGCUUACAGCGAUGACAUAGAGAUUGAAGUUCAAGCUCUGACCGUCACUUUAACCGUAGCUCCUGGAGGUUCUGUGAUGGAAGGAGACUGUCUCACCCUGAAUUGCACGUGGAGAGUCAAUGGAAGUUCCAGCUCAAAGCUCAACUUCAGUUUCUGGAGGGACUGCGUGUCUGUUAAGAAUGACAGUGACUUUCCAGUUUUCAGUAUACAGGAAAUAAAUAAAAGUCAUAGUGGGAAUUACACGUGUGCCGUGGAGCUACCAGGAGGAGGUCAGAAAUACAGCAAUACAGUAAAUGUUCAAAUACAAGCUCUUCAGGUCACUGGUAUUCCAGGUGGCGCUGGACUCUGCCUCCUUCUUCUAAUUCUCCCACUGCUCUUGCUCCUUUGUGCUUAUCACAGAAUUCAAGAUUUACUGUGUGCUCUGUGGAGAAGGAGACGUAGAACAGACGAGGGACGGGCUGUUGGUAACGUCAUAACAGAGGCUUCUGAUGGCAGUCAAGCAGCUCUCCAGACUGAAACUUUCAAUAUGGCAGAUGAAACAAAGGACGUCCCUGAGGUCAUAUACUCUGUGCUGGGGGACUUUCCUAAGUCCAAGAAAAUAGGAAAGCCCCUUGUACACAGCAGCCUAAUCUACUCUGAGGUCCGAGUCCCUCAAGGUUUGAGCCCACCUCGGUAACCUUCAAACUACAGUCCCCUCAAUAUGGUAGUCCCAUACUUUGACCGCUCCAGUCUGUUUUACUUC